AUGGCCUCGACAACCUUCCAUGCUUUUGGCCUCCUCCCACCAGAGAUCCGACGAGAGAUUUACAUGCUCGCAACCCCACCCCGUGUUGUGCACAUACAAGAAGAAGCUCAAAGCGAACAGAGCUUUGAAGAGCAGUUCAGACAACGGUUGGACAUUCGCGUACACCCGGACCUGGUUCACUUCGCACCGAUAUGGCGCCGCAGUAUUCCCGGGCCUGUCAGUCAACCAACUCUAGAGUCGUUCGGAGUGACGAGUAGUCGGGGUGGACCACAUCAACCUUGGCAAUCAACGAGGUCGACGCCGGAGAUCCCGCUGAGAUGGCUCCAUGAUUAUCCAUGGGUGGCCUACCAGAUUAUGCGCGAUAAUCGGCUGUACAGCCUUACGCCUGUGCCGCCAUUUCUGCAUGUCUGCCGUGAAUCUCGGAUGGUUUUGAUGCGUUGGGGAUACUCGCUCGCGUUUGAAACUCGCACGAAUGGUCCAGGGACAUGGUUCAAUUUCGAUAGGGACGUGCUGUUUGUGGACCAGGACGGGGGAGGCUUCGAUAUUCUCACGGGAUGUCCGUGGACUAUCCUCGGACAAUUUCAUUCAAAAGAUUUGAAGAGAAUACGAAAACUGGCACUCGGAGCGAGUGGAGGUUUUUUAUUCCCUUGGGAGCUCCACGAUUCAUGCCCAACGCUUGCACUCGCUAUUCGACUAUUUCCCAACCUGAAGGAGCUCCAAAUCGUCCAAUGGGAAGAAAACAAUUUAUGGCCCUGGCGGAAUUUCGGACAGAGCGGACCUGCUCAGCACCCAUGGUGCACCGGCACCGGCAUCAAGGACAUGGAAGGGGAGCUCUGCUCUCUGCCUGUGGAGGAAAUUGAUGCUCUGAUUCCGCUCCUCUCAUAUACGGACGGGAUUCGCACCGACAUGCCUGCCAGCGGUGUACUAGGCGAAAUGCUGAAAUGCCACAAGCUUAAGCAACAGACCGAUAUGGAACCAGUCCACGGUACUGGAAUCAGUAGCCCAGCUUCCAGCCUUGGCUUCUUCGAGCAUCAGCAGCAGCACCUGGAGCAGCGCCUCUCAACCCAUCGCGACAAAUUAGCACAGUAUCAUCAGCGGUUCGAACCAGGCCUUGAAACGUUCACCUGGCAGAUCCCGCGAGUACAAGCUGUGCAUAUAAUUCCGCCUUCCAUGGCAGCCUGCCUGCAACAUGAGCGACAGCUCGCCUGGGAAAAAUUUCAGAAGAUGAAACAGAACUGGCGGGCGCAGCGUACCAAGACGGCACUGCCACCACUACAUCUACACAGCAUGGUAUCAUAUCCGUGGACUGCUAGCCACCUAGACGAUUUGGAUGAGGACUUGUAUGACAUCCAUUUUGGUCCCUACUACGGUGAUGCUUCGGACGUCCUGUAUCAGCAUGCAAGGCAGUGGUGGGCCGAGGAGGGAAUGGUCUCUGCGCCAAGUUCUGAAGCUUUUUUCUAG